GGUCCAGGUUCGCUUGCCUCGUCAGCGUCCGCGUUUUUCCUGGCCCCCCCCACCCCCCCGGACAAGACCCCCUUGAGCUCGCCCCUCAGCUGCCACCAUGAGCGAUCAAGAUCACUCCAUGGAUGAAAUGACAGCAGUGGUGAAGAUUGAAAAAGGAGUUGGUGGCAAUAAUGGGGGCAAUGGAAAUAGUGGUGGUGCCUUUUCUCAGACUCGAAGCAGCAGCACAGGCAGUAGCAGCAGCAGUGGAGGAGGAGGAGGAGGAGGAGGGCAGGAAUCCCAGCCAUCCCCUUUGGCUCUGCUGGCAGCAACCUGCAGCAGAAUUGAGUCACCCAAUGAAAACAGCAACAACUCCCAGGGUCCAAGCCAGUCAGGGGGCACAGGUGAGCUUGACCUCACAGCCACACAACUUUCACAGGGUGCCAAUGGCUGGCAGAUCAUCUCUUCCUCCUCUGGGGCUACUCCUACCUCAAAGGAACAGAGUGGAAACAAUACCAAUGGCAGCGGUGGCAGUGAGUCUUCCAAGAAUCGCACGGUUUCUGGUGGGCAGUAUGUUGUGGCUGCCACCUCUAACUUACAGAACCAGCAAGUUCUGACAGGACUACCUGGAGUGAUGCCUAACAUUCAAUAUCAAGUAAUCCCACAGUUCCAAACCGUUGAUGGGCAGCAGCUGCAAUUUGCUGCAACAGGGGCACAAGUGCAGCAGGAUGGUUCUGGUCAAAUACAGAUCAUACCAGGUGCAAACCAGCAGAUCAUCACAAAUCGAGGAAGUGGAGGCAACAUCAUUGCUGCUAUGCCAAACUUACUCCAGCAGGCUGUACCCCUCCAAGGCCUGGCUAAUAAUGUGCUCUCAGGACAGACUCAAUAUGUGACCAAUGUACCAGUGGCCUUGAAUGGAAAUAUCACCUUGCUACCUGUCAACAGUGUUUCUGCAGCUACCUUGACUCCCAGCUCUCAGGCCGUCACGAUUAGCAGCUCUGGGUCCCAGGAGAGUGGCUCACAGCCUGUCACCUCAGGGACUGCCAUCAGUUCUGCCAGUUUGGUGUCAUCACAAGCCAGUUCCAGCUCCUUUUUCACCAAUGCCAAUAGCUACUCAACAACUACUACCACCAGCAACAUGGGAAUUAUGAACUUUACCACCAGCGGAUCAUCCGGGACCAAUUCUCAAGGCCAGACACCCCAGAGGGUUAGUGGGCUACAGGGAUCUGAUGCCUUGAAUAUCCAACAGAACCAGACAUCUGGAGGCUCACUGCAAGCAAGUCAGCAAAAAGAGGGAGAACAAAACCAGCAGACACAGCAACAACAAAUUCUUAUUCAGCCUCAGUUAGUUCAAGGGGGACAGGCUCUUCAGGCCCUCCAAGCAGCACCAUUGUCAGGGCAGACCUUUACAACUCAAGCUAUCUCCCAGGAAACCCUCCAGAACCUCCAGCUUCAGGCUGUUCCAAACUCUGGUCCCAUCAUCAUCCGGACACCAACAGUGGGGCCCAAUGGACAGGUCAGUUGGCAAACUCUUCAGCUGCAGAACCUCCAAGUUCAGAACCCACAGGCCCAGACAAUCACUUUGGCCCCAAUGCAGGGUGUUUCCUUGGGGCAGACCAGCAGCAGCAACACCACCCUUACACCCAUUGCCUCAGCUGCCUCCAUCCCUGCCGGCACUGUCACUGUGAAUGCUGCUCAGCUCUCCUCCAUGCCGGGCCUCCAGACCAUUAACCUCAGUGCACUGGGUACUUCAGGAAUUCAAGUGCACCAACUUCCAGGCCUGCCAUUGGCUAUAGCAAAUGCCCCAGGUGAUCAUGGAGCUCAGCUUGGCCUCCAUGGGGCUGGUGGUGAUGGGAUACAUGAUGACACAGCAGGUGGAGAAGAAGGAGAGAACAGCCCAGAUCCCCAACCCCAAGCUGGUCGGAGGACCCGGCGAGAAGCAUGCACCUGCCCUUACUGUAAAGACAGUGAAGGAAGGGGUUCUGGUGAUCCUGGCAAAAAGAAACAGCAUAUUUGCCACAUUCAAGGCUGUGGCAAAGUAUAUGGCAAGACCUCACACCUACGGGCACAUUUGCGCUGGCACACAGGCGAGAGGCCAUUCAUGUGUACCUGGUCAUAUUGUGGGAAACGUUUUACACGUUCGGAUGAGCUGCAGAGACAUAAACGCACUCACACAGGUGAGAAGAAAUUUGCCUGCCCUGAGUGUCCUAAGCGCUUCAUGAGGAGUGAUCACCUGUCAAAGCAUAUCAAGACCCACCAGAAUAAGAAGGGAGGCCCAGGUGUAGCCCUGAGUGUGGGCACUUUGCCCCUGGACAGUGGGGCAGGUUCAGAAGGCAGCGGCACUGCCACCCCUUCAGCCCUUAUUACCACCAAUAUGGUAGCCAUGGAGGCCAUCUGUCCUGAGGGUAUUGCCCGUCUUGCCAACAGUGGCAUCAAUGUCAUGCAGGUGGCGGAUCUGCAGUCCAUUAAUAUCAGUGGCAAUGGCUUCUGAGAUCAGGCACCCGGGGCAAGAGACCUAUGGGCCAAUACCCAUCAAUCCCCGGGAUGCAAGUUAGCAUGGGUCCAAGAGACAUGUGGGAGAGAGAGAGCCAUGAGGCAUUAAAAUGCAUGGUGGUGGGAAGAGUUUGGGGAUGGAUACAAAGAAGAGACAGGGUUCUGACACCCACCCGUAUCAUCAGUGCCUCCUUACAGGUGGGAAACAUCAGUGAAAAUUCUGUUGGUGCCACCCUUUGAUGAGCAUUUGUUUGAUCCCAGUUUCUUCUUAUACUUCUUACCCCAGUCUCCCAUUCCUUUGUUUCCCCUUCUCAGCUCUCCCAUGAUGGAUCCCCCCCCCUUACCUAAAGCCAUCAUGCCUUGAUAAAUAUAUAUGAUCAUUGAAAUACUUUUUAACAAAAAACAGAUUCUAUAUUAUAUAUAUAUAUAUAUGCAUAUAUAUAUAAAGAUAUAUAGAGAUGCAUUCACAGGGGUUGGCUGGGAGGAGGAAGGAGACCAUUCUGUGACCAAAAUACCUUGGUCAUUUUUUUUUUUUUUUUAUAUUGCCUUAUUUCCUUAGGGCUGAGCCUUAUUGUGACACAUCAAGCUUUUUUGUAGAUGUUGUCUUGGCUUCCCACCAGAGUAAGCAUUUAUAUGCUCUGCUUUUAGUUUAUAUAUACAUACAUAAUGUUUUUCCUUUCUUAAUUUUAUCUUUUUAUUUGGGAUCAGCUUCUUGCACUCCUUUCUUGACUCAACCCUUUCUAUCUCCCCUUCUCUCACCUAAUCACUUCAUGUUUUGUUUUUGGUAAUGGUCCCUGGAUGAGGCACUUCUGUCAAUCUUUUAAAAGCCUUAGUCCCAUCAGCAGAAUGGAAAAACCUUGAAGCCUAGUAUGAUGCUUGAGAUAGCUAUGGAGGGCAUGUUCAAAAUACUCCUGACGCAGGCACCUUCAUGGUGCUGGAGAGUCAAAGGCAUCUCCCUUCAUUAGCUCCUCUAAGCAUCAAGAAUCAAGCAAGUCUUUCUGUGGAAUUGUACAAGAGACCAUUUAAACAGGAUAAUCCGCGAUCUGUUUAUAUAAAUUGUCAAAAAGUAGUCAAAUAAUAAAUAGGGAAUUCCAAUAGGAAAAAGAUGUGCUCAGAAGAGGAAGUGACAAAUAGUUGGGAGUUAUUUGGACUUUGAUACCAUUGUCUUCCAAGGUAGCUCUAAGCCUUGAUGUAUGGGCUUCUGAGUUCAUACUCUGAAAGGAAGUACACUUCCUCUUUUGAACAUUCCUGUAGUUUCUUUCCCUUUGUGUUGUUAAAGAAUAUCAGCCAAUAAAUCUGUUCAGGUUUCCAUUCUGCAGAACUCCAGAGCAUGUGCUAGUGGCAAGACAGUGGCUCUUAUGAUUUUUUUCCCUUAAUUCUUCCUUAUAUGUACUUGGGUGGUUCCUAAGGGAAAGGGAAGCACAUGAUCAUGGGAAUGAUAGCCCAGAACAAAAAGAAAUCUUGUCUUACCACUGUGGUUUAUAGGAGAGAUUGGGAGAAAUCUUCCUGCUUUCUCCAUGGACUGAUUCCAGAAGAGACUGAUCCAAAAAUUAUAGCGGCAGGGAACUCUUGGUGCAUUUGGCACUGAGAUUUAAAUGCAACAGAAUUGUCCUCAAAGCCCAGCCAUUAAAGCAUUGUCUCUCUUGACCUUCUGGUAUCUUGUUAGAGAGCUUUUCACUGUGAGGAAGUGUGGAAAUGGCUGUGUGUAUGAGUGUUAUCUGUUAGGUUGGGGAUAGGUUUUCUGUUAGCCAAUAUUAAAAGAGACCUACAAUAAAAGAUUACCCUGAUCUGAUAGAGAAGUGUUUGUGUAUGACUGUGUGUAUGACUGUGUGUUUGUGCCUGUAUAUAUCUACAUUCAGAGGAGAAAUUAUAUUUGAAAUUGUUGGAAAAUAAAUUCAGAUCAAAAUGCCUUUCAGGCGCAUUACCUAGAAAUCUGUCUUAAAACCUGGGUAUGUUCCUGAAGUCAUUUCUCUGCUUUUGCUAAAUCAGUUAUAAUUAUGACUGGGGGAUAUUCUGCACUUUCUAAAGAAGAAACUAUUUUUGUGUGAAAGUGAAACCUAUCAUCCAGCUCUAUGGCAGAGUCCUUGUACUUAAAUCUUUUUAUCUUGGCUAUCAAUAGAUGAUGCUAUGAUUCUACUAUACAUUUUAUAUAAAAUCCAUUCAAAUUAAGUUUUGGGUAACUUUAUGUUGUUGUUAAAUUGAAAUAUAAUAGCUGUUAAUACUCUAAACAAUAGUUCACUCCAUUUGGUCCUUUCUCUGAAGACAAUACUGUUAUCAACCCUCAGGAACUAUUGCAAGAAACUUUACCCAGAUCGGAUUAAGAAUCCUGAAGUAAAAGUCAUCCAUGACUGUUCAUCAUCACACACUUUAUUCCUACUGAAAGGCAGAACUUAGAGUCGGUUAUUUUAUGUCUGUAAUCAUGUUCUUUGGCAUCUUUUGGAGGAAAGGGACAAGUUAACAUGCUGGAGUAUACAGUAUUUUGCUCCAUAGAGCAUUUCCAGGAAUGGAAUCUUCUCCAGUAUGAAAUUAUUAGCUGCAAACUAGCUUACUGAUGCUGAGAACUACAAGCUUUUAGAUGAGGUUAUUUGAUGGUGUUUCUCUCUUGGGUGAAAAGUUGCUGGUUCAUUAUCAUUACCAUGAGUGAAUUUAUAUCCAAUUCAUUGCACUUAUCCUAUUUCUUUCCCACAGAGGAAGCUUCAGAUCCAGCAUCUUGUUUGGCCCACAAAUGGAAUCAGCUUCUGCUUCUGUCUCCCAGCAGCAGCAAGCCAUUUAGUCUUUUCCAGGAGAAGUUAGGUGGUUACAUUCCUUGAGUCAGGAGCUCUUUACUGAAAAUUCCCCUUUCCUGAACUUUAGGCCAGCAGAAAUUAAUGUAACUGACAUGCAUAUUCCAAACCUAUUUUCAUGAUUUAAAAAAAAAAAUUUUUUUGAUGACCAAACCUUGCAGGGUUGGGCAUGACCAGGACUAGUAAAAUGAAAGCACUCAUUGUCUUGUUCUUUCAGGUUGCCCAUUCACAUUCAUCUGCUUAUCACUUAACUGUCUCACUUUUUACCCAGAGAAGUAACAACCCACACCAUCUUCCUUCAGGGACCUCCCAGCUGGCACUCUGUUUUUGGGUGCUAUGCAGAAUGCAGUUUAAUGGAUAUUUCUCAGCCUGGUUUCAGAAUACAUAGAACCUUUGAUCCCAAAAAGUAUAGACUGAAGUAUGGGGUAAAGAUUAUGAUUGGGGGAGGGUUGGAGACAAAAGCUGUAAAUUACUAUGGCUGAUUUAUUUCUACUAUAUACAUAUAUAUAUUUUUUGCUUUUGUAUAUCCUAUAUAGGAAACUAAGCAUUGUAUUUUUUUAACAAAUCUGAGAAAGCACUAUGAACUGCAGGUGUUUGACUUUCAGAAUAUAUUUUGUAUUGUUAAAUAUCUUCACAUUGUGUGAAUACUGGAAGCUGCAGAUCUUUGCUAGGACGCAAUAAAUUUAUACACUUUUUGA